CCGUCGGCAGGAGAAGACACGCAGGUUUUCGCUGCUCGUCGUGUGCCACUAACGCAGCCGCCACACUUCGCCACACUCGGUCAAUGUUGUGGUGAGUCAGCCUGGCCCAGGACUGCCUCUCAGUGUCUGAAGGAAGGCGGGGGCGGUGCAGGACGUGGAUUGGUCAUGUGCCAAGGGCCCGUCCCGCUGGUAGGAUGGCCCGUGUGGGAGAUGAGGACAAGGGACGCGACACACGGAACACAAAAGUGAACUCAUUUUUCUGAACAUGCUGACGCCUCCUGGGGGCGCGACGCCUUGCCACGGCUGCCCACUGCGUCCCUCCGUCCCGCCCGCUCGCCGACACCUAAAUCUCAACAGAGACUGGUGAUCUAGCGUGUGUGACCUCUCGUGACCUCACACACACGCCCCUCGGAGUGACGUGAAUUGGUGCCAUCCUUACAAAAACUGAGCAACUGAGCACCAAGAUCAAGGUCAAACUGUGUGGUGACCUCCAGUGACCUGACCUGUGACCUCCACGCUUGACACUUCCCCGUGGUGAGUGACGCGGAGAGAGACACGUGUUGCCUGGCGUCCGUGCCGAGGUUGCCCAUUGCUUGCUGACCGCUGACACUCGCCGGCCGUCAGGAGUGGAGAGCUUGGAGCCGCGGCGUGCUGGCGGAUCGCAUCAAAGGAGAGGCAACUUGCGACUCCCGGUUCCAGUUCUGCAGAGGAGCAGGUGUCGUUGGCGGCGCGUCGUCCAUCAAGCGGGGACGUGGCGGCGGCCUGGGAGUGCUGGGCCGGUAAGGCGAGGGCGCCGAGGGACAGGUGGGCGGUGCGUGGCCAGCGUGGACCCAGGCUGUGAGGGGCGGCAAGGCUCAGCACCGCAACGGUGGGCGGCAGUGUGCUGCGCUUAGACCUGCAGCGAGGAGGGCGUGCGCGGCGCUGCGAGUUGGUGCCAGCAGCUGGCGGUGAGGUGGAGGGCGUGUUGCUGUAGCAGGAAGUGGUGCACCACCAUCACCGCCACCGCCACCGCCACCAUGGACAACCUCACGAUGGACUUCGUGCCCCUGAACUGCUCCUUCCUGGCACGCCUGGAGGAGGCCAACAACACGGAGAUCACGGACAUGAACUGCAGCCUCAGCCUGUUCGAGGGCGGCGCGGGGCGCAUGAGCACCACUGCCAUGGUGGUGACGCAGUUGUUCUAUGCCCUCACUUGCCUGGUGGGGCUGUGCGGCAACACGCUGGUCAUCUACGUGGUCACCAGGUUCUCCAAGAUGCAGACGGUCACCAACCUGUACAUCCUGAACCUGGCCAUCGCGGACGAGUUGUUUGUGAUCGGCAUUCCCUUCUUGAUGACCACCUCGGUGCUGGGCCACUGGCCCUUCGGCUCCAUCAUGUGCAAGCUGUACAUGAUCACCACCUCGCUCAACCAGUUCACCAGCUCGCUGUUCCUCACCAUCAUGAGCGCCGAUCGCUACAUCGCCGUGUGUCACCCCAUCAGCUCGCCGAAGUUCCGCACGUCCAUGAUCUCCAAGCUUGUGUCGCUCACCGCCUGGACGCUCUCCGCCCUCAUGAUCGUGCCGGUGUUCAUGUACUCCAACACGCUGGAGGACGACGGCCUUGAUACCUGCAACAUCUUUUGGCCCGAGAGUCACGGCGUGCGCGGCGAGAUCGCCUUCAUCCGCUACUCCUUCGCGCUGGCGUUCGGCAUCCCGCUGUGUCUCAUCUUCGUCUUCUACAGCCUGGUGCUGCACAAGCUGAAGACCGUCGGGCCGAAGACAAAGUCCAAGGAGAAGAAGAAGUCCCGGCAGAAGGUGACGCGCCUGGUGCUGACGGUGAUCACGGUGUACGUGCUGUGCUGGCUGCCCUACUGGGUGCUGCAGCUCACACUCAUCCUCAGCCCGCCCAAGCAGGGACACAGCAACUUCAAGCUGGUACUGUACAUGAUCUCCUCCUGCCUCUCCUACAUCAACUCGGCGCUCAAUCCAAUCCUGUACGCCUUCCUCAGCGACAACUUCAAGAAGAGUUUCAUGAAGGCGUGCACGUGCGCCGCUCGCCGAGACGUCAACAACGCCCUCAAGCCAGAGAACUCGAUGUUCGCCGUGCGGUACCGAGGCACCUCCGUGCGUUCCCGUCUCACCGGGAAGGACCGGGAGUCCGCUGAGGGCACCACCUCCCAGUGCGGCAUGAGCAAGGAGCCCUCCACGGCCGUCACCACCACCUCGGCCAAACCCAGCCACACGGGCAGCGACGGCGACAGCCACUCCGUCAGGAACGGCCGCUCUCCGGGGCCUCGCCUCCCCGACCUCUUGCAGUGAGUUGAAGGAGGGGAGCCCUGCGCAUCACUCGGGGCAGCAGCUGUCCGCCCGCUGACGAACGAAGCCAAACUGUACACGUGGAACCCCCGCCCGGCACCCCGCCGCCCCUGCCCGGGACGACACGCCAGACAGUGACACGCUCUACCUGCGAGAUGACCCGCUGAAAGCAAAGUGCGAGGCGUGCACGGAUGUGAUGCCUCGCUGUGGGUGGCCGCAGGGUACAGGGUGCGGGGGUCGUGGGAGGCGGAGAAUUAUGGGCGGCAAGGGAGGCUGUGGCGGCUUCAGGUGUGGUCGGGCUGACGACCUACAUCUCGCUUCGCCUCAGAGACUCGGAGUGACUUCGUAUCUUGUGUCAGUCAGUUUUAUGUGGCAUUCAAAACCCAGAGUGUCCGUCAGCCGCGGCUGGCGGCAGGGAGGUGGAGAGGCGCCUCCUGUCAAUAGUAUAUUUGGCCUCGCGGGCGGCAGUCCUGCUGCACGCCGGCCACGCUGUCACCAUUACUUCUGUGUUUCCUUCGGUGUCGAGCAGUAACUCCGGUAGAUUUAGUGUUAUCAGGAGCAGGCAGCCUUUUCCCGCGGUGUGAGUCACGGUGCUGGCCGGGGUGAGGCCCAGACUAUCAGCUAAGUUACAGCAACAAAAGCCUCGUGUCGGGCGGGACGUGUUGAGCCGCGCCGUGCUGCACAUAGGCGCUGAGUCCGCCCCGCUACCCCGAACACAGAAGCACCGUCCGCGAAAGUCAAGCGUCGCAGAAUGUUUAAGAGGGAGCCGCCGAGGAAUGAUGUGCGAGGCAGUUUGCGUCGACCACUAACUGCACACGACUGACUCUUGACUGUCUGACUUGUCGUAAGCAUGAUGUGUACGUCGCGAUACAUUCUAGUCCUGAAAGUCUAUGAAUAUCCCACAGAAUUGAGGCCAAACUGAAUGUCUGAACACUCCACCAGGAACUGAACACCAAAGAGAGGCGAGAUUGAAGCUGCGGAAAGCUGUCACACUGAAUUCUUGUUACAGUGCGGAGGAGCACCACCAGAAAAUUGCACACACACACACACACACACACACACACACACACACACACACACACACACACACACACACACACACACAGACGCGACAUAGAAAUAGCGACCCAAUAAAAUGCAUAAUGAAGGAAUGAAUGGCACAACGAAGACGAGACCCAAACACCGUGGCGACUCCAGCAGGUGUUGUCAAAGGCGGUGGAAGCAGGAAGUGGUGUUUAUCGACAGUGUUUGUUUGCUUUUAAUACACAUCAGUGGGACUAAGACUCAUUUGUCGAGGUUACAAAGGCAGCACCGCGCCACUAUUAUACUUUGUCCCGCAGUGUGCCCAAGAGGAAGAGGAAGAUUGGAAAAAUUAGUAUUAGUUGUUAAAUAGAUCAAGUCCAUCCUGAGACCUGAUUGCUAAACACUUCACACUUUUCGGGCAAUAUUCUUAAACAAUUUUGUAUCACAUCUCCGCUGCUCUUAGAAGUCCCCAGAUGAAGGUACAAGACUUUUAAGGAUGUUUUUGCCUUUUUAGCGACAGAUUAACGAGACAUCAUUAUUAAUCCAGCUAAUCAUCUCUGUGGCCUUGGAAAGUAGUCGUUGUGAUAGAGCAAAGCGUUUCAGAAAUUUUACCGUAAUUCUCUGGUCAUCUUUUCCCUUCACAUUCACUGCACUG